AGAUACUUCACAGUAAGAUGCUUGCAAGGUGUGUUACAAUCUUCGCUGUCGUUGGAUUCGCAUUCGGAUCUACCUCUUGUGUUGGCCGAUGCAACGAUCCAGUCGACCAGUCUCUGCCAUGUCAAUGUAAUUCUGCUUGUACAAAUUUUGGAGAUUGCUGUUCCGAUUAUGACGCUGUAUGCCUUGGACAAUCAGAUAGUUCCUGUGCUGGACGAUGUGGAAGUAAUUUAGAUAGUAGUAAACCAUGUCAAUGUAACUCACAAUGUAAACAGUUCAAUGAUUGCUGUAACGAUUACGAUUCUCUAUGUGGUGGUGGUACGGGAUCUGGAGAUCUAACGACUUUAAUGGAAGAUUUGUGGGCCAGUGACGUCAAUAGAUACCCUGAAAGUGAAUACACCCUCAAUAUCCAAACCAAAGUGACGGACUCUAACAGAGUAGAUCAAGCAAGCCAAAGAUUAUUUCAAAGUGUUAAUGAAGCUAUGUUUGCUCUGCCAACUUACGCCACGUUUAUUACAUUACUGGACAACUAUAAUAUUAAUGUAGGACAGCAAGACAGUAUCCUCCAAACAGAAUGGCAAGAGAUAAACGCUUUCUUGGAUGCCAUACUGGAAACAUCAGUGAUGCAAAAAGCUUACAACUUUUUACAUACAAAUGGUUAUGUUCCUCAUAACGAUGCUCAAUGGAGAGAAACACUAACAGAAAUGUGGUUCAAUCUGUAUCCAAGAUCCAGCAAAAACCAACAUAUUCUAGAUAGUUCUGGUUUUGAGCAUAUUUUGGUUGGAGAAUUGAAGUCAUCGUCUGUUGGCGGUUUCCACAACUGGAUUCAGUUCUAUCUUGAAGAGAAACCAGGUCGAUUAGAUUAUACAGGUUGGGUAUCACAAGGAGAGCCGAGAACAUUCGGUAGUCAGUUUAGAUGGAAUGCUAUAUGGAAAGGCCUUGGUUCGUUCUUCGUUGGUGUAUCACCAGAAUUCGACAUAGCUGUAUAUUCUGUUUGUGCACUGGUACAUACAGGAAAGAGAUGUUCAUUUACAUUAAACGGUUCAGCUGUUUCAAUUCAGACGUAUGAUAUAGGACACAAGGCAGGCUUACAACUUGCAACUGCUUACCCUAUUGCUUAAAAUCUUGAUAUUUUUUUUACCUCAAAUACCAAAAUGACUGUCAAUGAUUGUUAUUAUUAUGUCAUUAAAUGGAUACUAGUAGUU